AUGGUAUUCGCAGAUUUAGGACGUCGUUUAAAUUCUGCCCUGGGCGAUUUCUCCAAGGCUACAUCUGUCAAUGAAGAGCUUGUCGAUAAUCUUUUAAAAACUAUUUGCACUGCUUUAUUGGAAACGGAUGUCAAUGUUCGACUCGUUCAAACAUUAAGGAGCAAUAUUAAAAAGAAAAUUAAUAUUAGCAAUCUUCCUCAAGGCAUUAAUGGAAAGCGAAUUGUUCAAAAAACUGUCUUUGAUGAGCUUUGUACUUUGGUUGAUCCCCAAGUUCAAGCUUUCACACCUAAAAAGGGAAAGCCGUCGGUAAUUAUGAUGGUUGGUCUUCAAGGUAGCGGUAAGACCACCACAUGUACCAAGCUAGCCUUACAGUAUCAAAGAAAAGGUCUAAAGUCUUGCUUAGUUGCUGCAGAUACAUUUCGUGCAGGUGCUUUUGAUCAAUUAAAACAGAAUGCUAUUAAAGCUCGUGUACCCUUUUACGGUAGCUACACUGAAACGGAUCCGGUUGUUAUUGCCCAGGAAGGUGUAGAGAAAUUCAAAAAAGAUCGGUUUGACGUUAUUAUCGUGGAUACCUCUGGUAGACAUCAACAAGAGAAAGAACUUUUUGCUGAAAUGGUUGAAAUUUCCGAAGCUAUCCAACCAGAUCAAACAAUAAUGAUUCUUGAUGCUAGUAUUGGUCAGGCUGCUGAACCUCAAGCAAAAGCUUUUAAGGAAACUGCAAACUUUGGGGCCGUCAUUAUUACAAAGUUAGACGGCCACGCUAAGGGUGGUGGUGCUCUGUCUGCGGUGGCAGCAACUAAUACUCCCAUUGUUUUUAUUGGUACUGGUGAGCACAUUAAUGACUUGGAGAAAUUCUCCCCUCGAUCGUUUAUUUCCAAGCUUUUAGGAAUGGGUGAUUUGGAAGGUCUCAUGGAACACGUCCAAUCGUUAAAUUUAGACAAAAAGAAUAUGGUUAAAAACCUUGAGCAAGGAAAGUUUACCGUUCGUGAUUUUCGAGAUCAGCUUGGUAACAUUAUGAAACUCGGACCAUUAAGUAAAAUGGCCAGUAUGAUUCCCGGUAUGAGCAAUAUGAUGCAAGGCAUGAAUGAUGAAGAUGGAGCUAUACGUAUGAAAAGAAUGCUUUAUAUUGUCGAUUCAAUGACUGAACAAGAACUCGAUUCUGAUGGUCUUACUUUUACACAGCAACCCUCUCGUGUUUUCCGUGUAGCCAAGGGCAGUGGUACCAGUGUUAUUGAGGUCGAAGAAACUAUAUCUCAGGUUCGUAUUUUUGCACAGAUGGCCAAAACCAUGGGAGGGAAAGAUGGUAUAUUGGGCAAGCUUGGUGGAAAUCCAGCUGCCGGUCUCAAAAAGGAUCCUCGCCAAAUGGCAGCUAUGCAAAAGCGUCUUCAGUCAAUGGGUGGGGGUGGCAUGCCAGACUUCAACCCUGGUUCAAUGAACUUUGGUGAUAUCUCUAAAAUGGCGAGUAGUUUGAUGGGCGGCGGAGGUGGUGGGCCCGGAGGUUUUGAUCUUAAGGGCAUGAUGAAUCAAUUGCAAGGUGCGGCAAAGCCUCCUCGGAGACGUUAA